CUAACAUACAAGUGGCAUUCUCUCAUCCACUAUGCCUACACAAUACCGUGGUUUGGUACCCUCGAUGGCGUCAAUACACAACAGGUGCGAGCUUCAAACUCUCAUGACGUAGGGCAGCUCAUUAAGAGUCGGGAACGGCCAACUAGGGCGAGAUGGAGCAUCGCCGUGUGAAGCGGUUCUACACGCGCACAAAUAAGAACAAGGCAGCACGACAGAUCGCACGACGUCAACGCCGGGAGCAGCAUCUCCAGAGGAUGCUGGCUCUAGAUCGCAAACGACGUGCAGAGCUGGCAGCCGCGAGAGAGGUCACUGAACCUGCACCUCCAAGUCAGCCAGGCACCCUACGACGGCGAGGAGCAGCUCUUGAUUUAUCAGAGCAGGACCCACUUCCAUCUCAUACGUCACCGAGAGAACGCUAUCACAUGUCCGACUCGGAACGGCACCAUCACAACAUACUCCAGUGGGUCAAUACUCCGAGCCACAAGAACGAUCCUGCAUUCAAAGACUUUAUCCCCAUGCUCAAGGAUCACCUGCUCUCACGACUCACGGACCGGGAGUACGAUGGCGACGAAGACAGCUUUGGCCUUGACGAACAUGACACAAUCAAGUUCGUGAACGACCGCAUCUACCUUCACAAGGCCCUUCGUAUCAACUACACGACGUAUGACAUGCGACGUGCACAGGACACCAUUAAUCCCCGCACCCAGUCCGACAUCAUGAUGCUUGCACCUGCGAAGACGACGGUGAUGCUAAUGCGAAUGCACACCCAUACUGGUAUGCACGUAUUGGAAUAUUUCACGUGAAUGUCAAGCACAGCGGCUUCCUAUCGAAAACGAAGUCUGCCCAGCGGAUGGACAUACUCUGGAUCCGGUGGUUUGGUCGUGAUAACAGCGCUCCUGGCGGGUUUGAGACCUCGCGUCUCCAUCGUGUUGGCUUCAUUGACUGUGAGGCGCCGAACGCGUUCGGGUUCCUUGGCCCAAAGCAAGUCCUCCGAGCCUGCCACAUCAUGCCAGCCUUUGCUCAUGGUCGGACUUGUGAGUACCUUCCACCGUCGAUUGCGCGACAACCCGAUGAAGGCGAUGAAGACUAUGUAUACCAUUACAUUGGAAUGUGCGUACUA